UAUCACUAUCACAUUCACAAAAAAAAUGUGGCCGAUUCCACAAUUCCUCAACCGCCGAUCCAACGUCUUCGACCCAUUCUCAGAGCUCGACAUGCCACAAUUCUCUCACUCCAUAUUCCCCUCCGAAACGUCUUCGUUCACCGCAGCUAAAGUGGACUGGAGGGAGACCCAGAAUGCGCACGUGUUCAAAGCCGACGUGCCUGGGCUGAAGAAAGAGGAAGUGAAGGUGGAGAUCGAGGAAGGUCGAGUUCUCCAGAUAAGUGGGGAGAGGAGUCAAGAGCAGGAAGAGAAGAGUGACACUGACACAUGGCACCAAAUGGAGCGGAGUAGAGGAAGGUUUUUGAGGAGGUUUACGCUGCCGGAGAACGCUAAGGUCGAGGAGGUUAAGGCUGCUAUGGAGAAUGGUGUGCUUACUGUCACUGUGCCCAAAGAGGAAGUCAAGAAGCCUGAUGUUAGGGCCAUUCAGAUUUCUGGUUAGGAAUUUUUAGGAUUCUCUCUGUCUAGCUCUUUGUCACUGCUGUGUUUUUUUUUUUUUUUUUGAAGGUCUGAUUGA